AAAUAUUACGCAAUCGUGCGGUUUCCAUGGAAAAUUGAGCGCGUAAAAAUCAUCACGCAGAUGUGAUUGCUAAGAGAUUAAGUAAAUAAGCGAUCGUAAUCGCAUUAUUAUUAUUAUUUAAAAAAAUAAUAAUAAUAUAAGUGUGUAAGUUAAUAACAAUAGUGUUUAUAAUAUAGUAAACAAAAAAAAGUACAUUGUAUGUAGCUGAUAGUGUGUCUCGAGAGGAAAGAGAAGAGAAAUGUCAAAAUGGCGUCACAUCAGGACGCUUGGUAUCUUUCAUUAUUGGGUUUAGCUGAAAAUUUUCGUACAUCAAACCCUCAAAAUAUAAAAGCUUGUAUACAAUGUUUGCAAGCUGUUUUUUUUUUCAAACCACCACCGAAAGUUGAAGCCAGGACACAUCUUCAACUUGGUAACAUUUUACUUACGCACACUAAAAACAUUGACCUGGCGCGAUCUCACCUGGAACAAGCGUGGGGACUAAGUCAAAAUAUGAAAACAUUUGAUGAUGUUAAAUUUGAAGCUGCUAGUAUUGUAGCCGAAUUAUAUAAACAACAGGACUCAAAUCAUUGUAUGCCAAUACUUAGAGAAGCAAUUAGACUUUCAACUCAAAAUGUUUACUGGCAUUGUAGACUUAUUUUUCAACUCGCACAAAUCCAUGCAUCCGAAAGAGAUUUUAUAGCAGCAAAUAGUUUACUAGAAAUGGGUAGCGAGUAUGCCCAAGUAAACAACGCCAAUUAUACCCGAGUUUUAUUUAUUUUAAGUCGAUGUAUGCUGUUGCUAAUCGACAAAAAAUUUUCCGAAGUUCAUCCGUUGUUCCACAUGGCCAGUCGGUACGUCGACGGCUGGGAGGGAAGUCAUUAUCAAAAAGAAUACCUCAAAGUAUACUUGUUAGUACUGCAAGUGUGUUAUUUCUUAAUGUUGGGUCAAGUGAAAAGUGUUAAAUUAUUUUUAAAACAAUUGCAACAAAGUAUACAGACAAUAAUGUCCCCAACUUGGCCGUCAGACGAAGUUGUUACCAGUGCGAGUACCAGCGACAUGUUUAUAUGGAUGCCAAAGGAACAUUUGUACGUUUUAGUUUAUCUUGUUACUGUAAUGCAUUCAAUGCAAGCCGGUUAUAUGGAGAAGGCCCAAAAGUAUACCGACAAAGCACUUACGCAAAUUCAAAAGCUUAAAAGUACUGACAACAAACCUAUACUAUCAGUCUUUCAACUUAUGCUGCUAGAGCAUAUAGUGAUGUGUCGGCUAGUCAUGGGUAAUAAAAGUACUGCGCUCGCUGAAAUAGCCGAGGCCUGUCAGCUUUGCAGGACGCAGCCUAAAUUAUUAAAAGGACAUGAAUCGCAGCUGCAUACUCUCCUUGGUCUCUACGCGAUGUCGAUGAAUUGUAUGGAGGCUGCUGAGGCGCAAUUUUCAGCGGCACUUCAAACAUCUCAGGAAAAAGAACUCUGUACGUUUGCGAAUCUUAAUUUGGCGAUUGUUUAUUUGAGAACGAAGAGAGAUAAAGAUCUCGGCAGUCUUAUGGAGAGAAUAAAUCCUGAAGCGUUACAUUCACACUCCCUGCAAGCUGCUGCUUAUUACGUACAAGGUCUCCAGGCAUUUUUUGGCGCGAGAUACAACGAAGCUAAAAGAUACCUCAGGGAAACAUUAAAAAUGGCCAAUUCGGAGGAUCUUAAUAGACUAACGUCGUGUAGUUUAGUACUUCUAGGUCAUAUUUUUUUAUCUCUUGGUAAUGAACGUGAGUCAAUGAAUAUGGUCACGCCUGCUAAUCAGUUAGCUUCGAAAAUACCUGAUGUUCAUGUGCAAUUAUGGGCCACGGCGAUACUUAGAGAUCUGUACAGUAGAAACGGUGACCACAACCAUGAAAACGAAGUGUAUCAACUGCACUGUAGUUUUUCACAGACUUUACUGAAAGAUCAUUUUCAAAGUACCCAAAUGCCCGAGCACACACUUAUCCAGUGGACAACUGGUCCGAUUCCCGCGUUACCCAGUAAUCCACCAGCCUCGACAUCGCGAGCUAUUCUUUAAUAAUAAAUCAGUAAAUAAAAUCCUAUAUAACAUAACUUGCGAAUUUUACUUAAAUUCUCUAAGCGUAAGCUUUAAACUGCAAUGCUAAAAAAAUCGUUCCAUCAUAAAGACAAUUCGAAAUAACUAGGAACGGUAACGAGGCAGCUUUACGCUCUUUUUUUAAAAUAUUAUUUUAUUUUUUAAUUUAAAUAUACGCGUACAAAAUUCAAUGCGUGGUCCAAAUUGAAUCGCGGAAACAGAGUGUCGAUAACUUUAUGUUUAAAUUAAAUGAAAUAAAUCUAUAUAUAUAUAAAUAUAUAUUUUUUUUUAAUAAAAAAUUAAUUUACGUACGAGAACAUCUAGUACUGAUCUCUCCAUUGAAUUAAAUCCACUCUGUAUAUUAGUUAUGAGUCAACAAUAGAUUUAAGUCGUGUAAGUAAUAUAUAUAAAUAUAUAUAUAAUAAUAAUAAUUAACAGGACGAAAAAUAAAUAAUCAUAUAGCCUGACGCGAUUUUUACGUCUGUGGGGCCUUAAAUGCGAUUUAAUGUGCGUGUUAAAUACGAGAGUAUGAAUGACAAAAUGUAAAUAUUUAAUCGUUUUAUUAUGAUGAGAUAAAAUAAUAAUAAUAAUUAAUUUUUAAAAAUGUAUCUGAAGGUCGGAAGGUUUUUCGCGCAAUGGAAAUUAAAAAUUUAUGUAAUGUAAUUUUACUACUUAAGGGGUAGUUGGGAGUAGUCUGGAGUUUUCGGCUGACAUACCAGCGCGGAUGCGAAAUUCAAAAAUCUGGUUCCAGAUUUUUUUCUUUUCGUUUUGUUUUUUUAUUUUCGUCUCGCGAAAAACUUUCCGAUCUUCAGGUACAUAAAAAACGAGACACAUUAAGGGUGUUCUCAGACAGUGACCCCGCUUUUCAAAAAUUUUCAAUGGCUCAAUUGUCAUAAUUUUAGCAAUUAAUUAAAUUAUUAAUUUAAAAAAGGACAAUUUCGUCGAAGUAUAGAUUUGAAAAAAAUUACUCAGUUGAUAUCAAUUGGAAGUCAAACGAAAUUUGGAAAAUAAAUUUCAGUGAAAUCUUCGCCAAUUUUAUAAUUCGAAUUUUUUAAUUUUCUUGGGUAAAAUUUAUUUACAAAAUUUCGUUUAACUCCUAAUAGAUGACGACUGUGAAUUUUUAAAAAAAUUCUAAAUCUUGGUGAAAUUUUCCUUUUUUUAAUUGAGGUUUGGUUUUUUUUUUUUUUUGAUUAAUUAAUUAAACUUUAAUACAGUCAUGACAGUUAAGUCAGAUGAUCCUGAUGUUGACAAUUAAAAAUUUUCGGAUUUUUCUUAGAUAAAUCAAUUUCAAAAAAAAUAAAAAUACAAAUAUGCACAUGUAGGAAAUUGAAAAAACUACAAGUACAAUUUUUCAAAAUAUUUUUUUUUACAGUCCAUCGUUUGGAAAAAAAUUAAAAAACUAGACGUCUGCUAACUUCAGUAUGACAAGUUAAUAGACAAUUAACAAUUUUCAAAUUUUUUUUUCAAUUUAAUUAAAAAAACUAAAAAUAUGCACAUGUAGGAAAUUAAAAAAACUACAAGUGCAAUUUUUAAAACUAUUUUUUUUUUCUGAAUUUGACGUUUUUAAAAAAAUUCAAAAAUUAUUAGACGGCUAAUUAUGAUUUUUAAGUUGUCUAACUUAAGAUGGCAAUUAAAAGUUUUCAGAUUUUUUUUUGCAAAUUGAUUACAAAAAAAAGAAAAACUAAAAAUAUGCACAUGUAGGAAAUUAAAAAAACUACAAGUGCAAUUUUUCAAAAUAUUUUUUUUACAGUCCAUCGUUUUGAAAAAAAAUUCAAAAACUAGACGUCUGCUAACUUCAGUUUCACAAGUUGAUAGAAAAUUAACAGUUUUCGGAUUUUUUUUUGAACAAUUAAAUUUAAAAAAAAAAUAACUAAAAAAAUGCACAUGUAGGAAAUUAAAAAAACUACAAGUGCAAUUUUUUUAAAUAUUUUUUUUUAUAGUCCAUCGUUCUGAAAAAAAAUUCAAAACUUAUUAGACGUCUGCUAACUUCAGUAUCAAUGUCUGCAUAUUUUAAAAAAGUAGGGGAGGGCACUGUCUGAGAACGGCCUUAAUAAAUAAAAUGUUUAUAAUAAAAGGUCUAAUUAUAUUGAAAUGAAUUUUAUAAUAAUUAAUUUUUAGCAAAGAGAUUAAUUGAAAGAUAAAUUAAAUUCAGUUAUCAAUUGUUUUCCAGUUUUAAUUUAUAUACAUAUUAAUAUUAAUUAUAAAUAAUAAUAAUAAAUGUUAAUGAGUAGUGUGAUGUGAUGAAUGAAUGGUUCCUGAUUUAUCAAUCUUGUACAGGCUGUUUUAUCACAAAUGUAUGUAUUUUUUAAGAUAACAAAUGAAAAAUUAUCUCACUGUUAUUCUUCCUAAUUACAUUUAUCCAAAUUCCCUGUAUAUUUAUUUUUAUUUUUAAAUAAUUAACGACAUUUAUUAAUUAAUCAUAAAAUAUUUUUAUUAAACUUUUUCUUUUUUUUUACAAUCAUCUAUAAUUAACUUAUCAAUAACUCAGUUAAUUAAUUGUUAAUAAAUAAUAAUAAUAAAAAAAAUGUUUAUUUUUAAUUGUUAUUAUUAUUGUAACUUUAGCGUCCCGUGGAUAUUUUAUUUUAACGCCCGGUCGCAGACAUUACGACUAUUAAGUCGACUACGAAUAUAAAUUAGGGCAAUAAUUCGCCUUUUAAUAAAAUCAUCGAAUAUCAAUUGUUAAUUAAUUAUUUAACUUCUGUACCAAA